UCCCACAACAAUUCGGAACUCUGGAUCAAGACGGAGUUGCAUUAGCCCUCGAGGCAAAGCUGAGGAUGGAAGGAGUGGAAGUUAAAGAGGAAUGGCAAGACGAAGACUUUCCCAGACCUUUACCAGAAGAUGACCAUAUUGAAGCUAUGUCUGGGCCAGCUGAAAGAGGAGACCAAUCCGAAAUUAAUGGCAACAAAGUUAAGAAGAAACUAAUAGCUCCAAAUAUAAACUUGACUUUGGAUCAGAGUGAAGAAUCCAUUUUAUCUGGGUUAGAGGCAAGUGGAGAUAUUGACUUGGAUGAUAUAGACACCCCCUCCGAGAACAGCAAUAAUGAGUUUGAGUGGGAAGAUGACCUUCCAAAGCAGAAAAGCAGCGAUGCCGUUCGGAAGGGCUCCCUGCUGGAAUACACAGCAUCGGAAGAGAAGGAGGAGGAACGGCGGUGGCGAAUGUAUCAGAUUGGUGACCAAGGUCACCGAGUAGACAUGAGGGCCAUUGAGCCCUACAAGAAAGUGAUUAGUCACGGAGGCUAUUACGGGGAUGGGCUGAAUGCAAUUAUUGUCUUUGCGGUUUGCUUCAUGCCAGAAAGUAGUCAGCCAAACUACCGAUACUUAAUGGAUAAUCUGUUUAAAUACGUUAUCGGCUCCCUAGAAUUAUUAAUAGCGGAGAGCUAUAUGAUUGUUUAUCUAAACGGGGCAACCACCCGGCGGAAGAUGCCCAGUUUAGGUUGGCUCAGGAAGUGUUACCAGCAAAUUGACAGGAGGUUAAGGAAAAACCUGAAGUCACUAAUAAUAGUUCAUCCUUCCUGGUUCAUUAGAACACUUCUGGCAAUCACAAAGCCAUUUAUUAGCUCAAAAUUCAGCCAAAAAAUCAGAUAUGUCUUUACCUUGGCAGAGCUGGCAGAGCUCAUUCCCAUGGACAGCGUUACCAUCCCCGAAUGCAUAAAACGGUAUGAAGAAGAAAAAUUUAAAAAGAAACUCCAAAGAAUUGAUCAAGAACUUAAUGGGAAACAGGAGCAGACGUCUGAACAGUAAAAAAAAAAAAAGUGUUUUUGAAUUCAAGCCGAGAGUGAAGAACACGCUGGGAGAUUUGAGGUCCUGAAGAACGCUCUGGCCUUCUGCGUCCGGACUUGGCAUGUUGGAUGACGCACUGCUGAGUGGGUUUGCAAGUCCCAGGUGAUGCUGACACUUCAUAGUUGCCUUGAUUAUAACUUUUACACUGCAGUGUCACAAAGGCAUCCUAGGAGGGGCACCCAUUUUUGUAUCGCGAUGCUUAUUCAGUAAGUAUUUAUAUGCUUCGACGUUAAGGAGAGAGAUCAUAUAUAUUUUUAUGACUCUUCAACGCAUAUUUUAUAAUGUUCAUCUGCAAAAAAAAAACACCUCUGAGACACACUAGCCCACCGAUGACGGUUGUCAUUUAUUUAGGAAUAAAAUGCAUGAGAAUUUCUUAUUUAUGGUGAAAUGCUUCUUGGCUAAGGAAGAGAGAAAUGUAACUUGGUUAUCUGCUAGGCUAGCAAGAUCCUUUGCUGUUUCCACUGUGGGAUGUGCCUAACCCUGGAGCUGGGUGUCCUCAGCACAAACUCAGUUCAGUCCAGGCCCUUCUGGGUUGAAACUCCAGUGUUUCAACUCUCUCUGUUGAAUGUUGGGCUGGUGGAGGCUGGCUGGCUCUGGAUGCCCAGGGAGUGACUUAUUUGGGAUAUUGGGCGACAUCCCAGAGCGGAACAGUGGUGGCCUCCACCCAGUCUUCCCCUUGCUACCACGGAGGGUAUCUCGGCCCAGCUUCUGAUGUGCCUUGCUGCUUUGCCGCCCAGCCAUGUGGAGUGGAGUUCCAGAAGAUGGUAUCAGGAUGUGACACUCAAGAGUAGAGAAAGUGUAUCCAGAGUUAGGGGCAAGGAGAACGGCUUUGCCUACGGAGGCUGUUCUCAAGGGCCCAGCACCCUGGGUCUCUCGCAAAGCUUCCCAUCUAAGGUGGAAGAAGAAGGCCAGGUGGUCAUUUUGUACUUUGGAAGGCAAAGCUCUUGAAACAGCGCUUUCCCCCAGCACUAGAUUCACUUUAUACACCCUUUUGUAAAGGAGACGUGUGUGUGUGUGUUGCAUGUUUUACCUGUUUAGACGAAACGGCUGCUUUAAGAGCGGCCUUCUCAAUAAGGGCGGGGAUGUGUCGUGUGCACUAAUUCCUAGCGGGUUAAUCAUCAAAGCCAUAGUGGAAUGUAGCAGGAACGUUACGUUUUUGGAAAGCUUGGGCAUCGCUCUUUAGAAAUAUUUUCAUUUGUAUUUAAAUUUUGUGCGUGUUGUUAGCAACACAGCGUUUUCAUGUUCCCCAGUGUUUAUGGGGGGGAAAAAUACCGCCCGUGUGUUGGUUUAUAACCCAGUCAAUAAAAUAU